AUGCCGGCUGCUACGCUACCGCACUCGCGCAGUGCGCGCAUCCCGCUCGCCGCCCGGCACGAUGUCACCAACUCCGGCAUGGAUGAGGACGGGUGGGGACCUCUAUCCGUCCCGCCUUCCAGUCAGGCUGCUGUGCCAUGGGACGACCAGGUGGUGCCUGCAUUGCGGCGCAAGCUCGAGCAGCAGUCGCGCGACUUAUCCAAGCGCAUUAGCCGGAUCGAAGAGAGCGACGCCGGAUGGGCACGACCUCGCGAGUCGACUGACCGCCGGGACGCCCGGGCAUCGCGCGAGAUCGUCCACACGCAUCGCGAGUCGUCCAUAGACCAGUACCACAACCGCUUCGCCACGAUGCGCCCCGCCCGAUCCCGCGCAGACGUGGCCGCAUCCAGCUUUCCUUUUGCCGAGUCCCCCGCACCCCGAUCCAGUGGCUCGAGCGAUGCAACGCAGCGAGCGAGGGAGAAGGCACGCCAGAUCGCCGCGCGCCAACACGCUGCACGCCUCAGCCAAGCCUCAACCGACUCAGCGCAGUUGGGAAGCAGCAUUGAGCCGAUUCCAGAAGUUGACCGCACGUCGUUCGAACGCAGACGCAUACGCACACACUCGACGCCCAUGCGCCCCAGCAUCGACACGCCCGCACCCAUUCCCUCCCCACCACCUCUGCCUACACACCAGCGAACGACAUCGCUAUCUCGACGCAAAGCAGCCGCACUCGACCCGAAGCUGAUCGAAGAGUUCGGGCCGCUCGGUAGCUCCUCGCCCAACGCACGUCGCGUCCACCUCGACGAUGCCUCGCCCAUGCGCCGCACGCAGCCGGACGCAUUCAAGUCGCUGUCGGAUGCAUCCCUGACGCCCGAGCGCGUGCGCGGGAUGCGCGAGGCCUCAGCCCCACCUGCCUUCGGCCGCACGGACGAGUUCGGCGCACUUGGUCCACCCGCUUCGCUCGCGGCAUCGCCCAGCAGGAGCGUCAACGACUGGGAGGACCAGAUCAUCCCCACCGUCGCACGCAAGCUACAGCAGCAGCAACUGCUCGCCGGCAACAGCACACGCACCCACGAGGCGCUCAUCGAUACCUGGGACCGCAACGGCCUGCCGCUCAGCCAGACCGACUUUGCUGCACAGCAACGCGCCGCCAGGCUCGAGGCCGAAGCACGCGAUGCCCAAGUACACCAGCCCGAGCCCGCAGUUCAGCCCGAGCCAGAGCGACCACUUGCGAGCGAGGUGAGCGAGGUGCCGACGGAGCACAGGGCUAGAUCGAGGAACAGUCAGCGCCGUGCACAGCAACGUCUCACGCAGCAGCAGGAACAAGUGCCCUUGCAAGAAAUCGCGCCGCCAAAUGGGCAGCAGACAUACGCAGCGCAGCCAGUGCAGCCAGUCACGGCACCCUCACCGCCGCCGACGAAGCGCACAGACACGCACGGCAAUGCACGUCCCGCGCCGAAGCUUUUCAUGAGCCGCGCGCGAGCAGUUGACCUUGGUCUCACUCCCACCACCACGGGCAAUAUGCGGAUUCUGCUGGUAGCGAUAGUCUUGGUGUGCGUUGCACGCGCAGGCGCCGUGACGUACGACGUGCUUCACCGCAUCUCCACCUUCUCGACCACGCCCGAGUGGACGGUGCGCGGCGCACUCUCGCUCAACGCCUCGGACGCCGUGCUUACCACCACGCUCUCGACCUCGGACAUCGAGGCCCUUCGUACCGCUGCUGCUGCUGCUGCGCAGGAGGAGUGGUACUCCAUCGCCCUUUCCACUGGCGGUAACGUACACGCAUCGACCUCGAUCCCGCUCUGCCAUCUGCGCCAAUCCCAUCCGGACCUGCUCAGUAUCGAUGACACGCUCACCCUCACCACCCGUGGCGCAGGCCUGACCAACAUCGCAUACCGCAUCAACGAUAUCACCCUUGACCCCAUCUGCCCCCUCCAAACCACCACAAAGCUCACCGCACUCAGGGAACAGGCCAAGAAGGAGCGACAGAGGCAGCUCGCCCGACGCUCGAACCGCGGUAAACAAGUGGCGACGCCGCAAGCCAAGGUGGAAUUCAACACGCACCUCGUCGUACUAAGCCCAGUGGUGCCGCCAAAGCCGCAGCUCAAACAGGCCCUACCGACCAACGAGGACGGGACGGUGCAGACGCCACCGCCCGAAAAGACGUUCCUGCAAAAGUACUGGUUCUACCUCAUCCCCAUCGCCAUCCUCCUCAUCAUGCCCGCUGGCGACGAAGAACCCAAACCUGCCCCCGCUCCCGCCAAAUAA